CAAAUCAAACCGUUUAAUCAUUUUUGUAGCAAUUUACUUUAUACGUUCUGACUUCUGACUAAUGUUUAUUAACCGUCUCAUGUGACUACAAUUUCCUAGAAACCAGCAGAAGGGAAACCCAAUCUGCCGGUCUGUGAUAUGUUAUUUUUAUUUUAAAUAAAUAAUUAUCUGGUUUCCGUGGUAUCAUCCUAUCUAUUUGCGUUUCGUCGUCAGUGCAACAACAAUCAUGGCAUUACCCAAUGUAUUGAAGAAGCUGUUCCACCACGUCGAUCAAAACAAGGCAAAAUACGUAGAAACACUUAAAGAAGCAGUCGCGAUUAAAUCAGUCUCGGGAUGGCCGGAUCAUCGGGAUCAAACGAUCGAAAUGGUCCACUGGACCGCCAAGCGAUUGGAAAAACUGGGAGUCGACGUUACAAUUCGCGACGUCGGCGAACAGGAAUUGUUCGACGGGCGCAAAAUUCCCCUUCCUCCCGUGAUUUUGGCCACGUUAGGAAAGGAUCCAAAAAAAAAGACUGUCUGCAUUUACGGUCAUUUGGACGUGCAACCUGCCCUCUUGGAAGACGGUUGGGAUACCAAACCGUUCGUGCUAGUAGAAAGGGAUGAUAAGUUGUACGGGCGAGGUUCCACCGACGAUAAAGGCCCGGUGCUGUGCUGGUUGCACGCCAUCGAAGGUUACCAGCAUAUCAAGGAGGAUAUCCCCGUGAAUAUUAAGUUCGUUUUCGAAGCAAUGGAGGAAUCCGGCAGUGAAGGGGUCGAAGAACUUCUGACUAAGGAAAAGGAUAAAUUUUUGAAGGACAUCGAUUAUGUCUGCAUUUCGGAUAACUACUGGUUGGGCACUAAGAAGCCGUGUAUUACUUACGGUCUGCGAGGCAUUUGCUAUUUCUAUCUGGAAAUUGAAGGGGCUGCCUCUGAUUUGCACAGCGGUAUUUACGGAGGCUCAGUAUACGAGGCUAUGAGCGAUUUAGUAUACCUGCUAAACACGUUAGUUGACGAAGAGUGUCACAUAAAAGUUGACGGAAUAAGUGACGACGUCGCCCCGCUCACACCUGAGGAAGAAGCCUUGUAUAAAAAGAUCGAGUUCGACGUCGAUUCUUACCGUGACACGGUUGGCACCAGCAAACUCGCUCACAAUGAAGAUAAAAUCAAAAUAUUAAUGCACCGUUGGCGUUAUCCGUCCCUUUCGAUUCACGGAAUUGAGGGUGCCUUCAGCGAACCCGGCCAAAAAACUGUCAUUCCGAAGAAGGUUAUCGGAAAGUUCUCCAUUAGAGCAGUUCCAAAUCAGCAGCCCGAGAAAAUAGGCCAACUAGUCGUAGAUUAUGUACAGAAAAUGUGGGCCAAACGUAACAGUCCAAACAAAAUGAAGAUCGAAAUGGUACACGGCGGCCAUUCGUGGAAAGAGGACCCCUUCCAUCCUCAUUAUCAGGCAGGGCAGCGCGCUACUAAAUCAGUUUACGGUGUCGAACCCGAUUUGAUCCGUGAAGGCGGUUCCAUUCCAAUCACGUUGACAUUACAAGAGGUCACCGGGAAAAAUGUUAUUCUUCUUCCUGUCGGUGCCGCGGAUGAUGGUGCUCAUUCUCAAAAUGAAAAAAUUAAUAUGAGGAAUUACAUUGAAGGAACAAAGCUACUUGGAGCCUAUUUGUAUGAAGUAUCCCAGUUAUAGAUUUUCGUAUAUUUUUAUAUCAUCUUAUAGCUUUAUGUUUAAUCUAUUGCUUAUUUUUUAUAUACUCGCUUCGGAAUAAUAAAGUUAUAUUUGUUGUAACGUG